GUUUCCUCCAACAUGGCUGCGCCCAGUACUGCCAUGGACAGCAACCAUCAAAGUAAUUACAAACUGAAUAAAACUGAGAAGAAGUUAUUAAGGAAACAGAUUAAAGCCAGGCAUACUUUGCUGAGACAUGAAGGCAUUGAGACAGUAUCCUAUGCCACCCAGAGCCUGGUUGUCGCCAAUGGCGGAUUGGGGAAUGGUGUGAGCAGGAAGCAGCUGCUCCCGGUGUUAGAGAAGUGUGGACCCGUCGACGCCCUCCUGAUGCCUCCUAACAAGCCCUACUCGUUCGUGAGAUACAGAACUGCAGAAGACUCCCAGAAGGCCUACGUCACCCUCAACGGAAAAGAAAUACUGGAUGAUUUAGGACAGAAGAUCCUACUGUACUUGAAUUUUGUGGAGAAAGCACAAUGGAAAGAGGUGGGGCUUCAGGCCCUACCUCCAGGCCUCAUGGUAGUAAAAGAAAUUAUUUCUCCUGAGGAUGAGAAAAUGCUUUUGGAAAGUAUUAACUGGGCAGAAGAUACAGAUAAUCAAAAUGUUCAAAAAUCCCUGAAGCACAGAAGAGUGAAGCACUUCGGUUAUGAGUUCCGCUAUGAGAACAACAAUGUAGAUAGAGGCAGGCCGUUACCUGGCGGUCUUCCUGACCCUUGUGAUAGCAUUUUGGAGAAAUGGUUGAAAGAAGGUUUCAUUACAUACAAACCUGACCAGCUGACUGUAAACCAGUAUGAGCCUGGACAUGGAAUUCCUGCUCAUAUUGACACACAUUCUGCUUUUGAGGAUGAGAUUGUUUCUCUCAGUCUGGGGUCAGAGGUUGUCAUGGACUUUAAGCACCCAGACGGCAUCACAGUGCCGGUUUUGUUGCCUCGUCGGAGUUUGCUGGUGAUGACCGGAGAAUCUAGGUACCUCUGGACACAUGGUGCCCUCCCCUCUGAUCUGGGAUCCGUCUGUGAGUUCGCAGUGCCCUGCCCUCUGAUCUGGGAUCCGUCUGUGAGUUCACAGUGCCCUGCCCUCUGAUCUGGGAUCUGUCUGUGAGUUCGCAGUGCCCUUCCCCUCUGAUCUGGGAUCCGUCUGCGAGUUCCCAGUGCCCUUCCCCUCUGAUCUGGAAUCCGUCUGUGAGUUCGCAGUGCCCUUCCCCUCUGAUCUGGGAUCCGUCUGUGAGGUCACAGUGCCCACCCCUCUGAUCUGGGAUCCGUCUGUGAGUUCGCAGUGCCCUUCCUGUGAGUUCGCAGUGCCCUUCCCCUCUGAUCUGGGAUCCGUCUAUGAACAAUUCCUCAACUUCUCUUUGUGUUUCAUGAUUUUUGCAUAUUUAAGGGGGCUUGUUUUGUUUCUAGAAUAUAUCUCACUUUGAGUUUGUUUGACUCUAAUCUCAAAGAAACGGGUUAUACGCACUUUGGGCAAGAAUAUAUCGUCAGUCUUGAGAAGGGAAGCACCACAUCAGUAAAUUUAUUUACUAAUAUUCUACUUAAAAUACUGCUGAGUUCUAUACUUACUAGUAAUGUCCUGCUGGGAGAUGAUGCAUUUGUAUAAGAAUUCAAGGAAAUGAACAUAUAAAUGAAUUUGUAACCAGUCUUGAAUGUGACCCAUAAAAACCAAUGGCCUGAUUUUGUGCAAUGAGGCUUAAAUUUACCUGAUCUGUUUUUCAUGGCCAUCUAAAAUAUUUUCACUUACAGUAAAUGAAAUAUGUGUGGUGAUCCAGUGGUUUCAAGUAUUCCUAGAAUUUUGAGAAUAUUCACAUUUUCUUUCUUUAAGCAUUUGUGCUGUCGGUAACCUUUAAAUUUAAGAGUAAUGGUGUUUCAGCAAAUACAAAAUGAAAAAUGACUUUUCAUAGGCCUGCGUUAUAAACAUAUUUUAAUCUGCUCUGGAUAAUGGUACAGAUUAAUUCUCCUGAACAUCAUUUUGAUCACUUUAUUUUCUCUUUCACAGUAUAUUGUGCUGUCCAGUGUUGAGAGUAGUUAUCUCUGGAAGAUUAAACUGCAGGCAAUAUUUAUUUUUAAGCCUUUCUCUAGAAUCAAAACUCUUUCCAAUAAUUUCAGAGGAAAAAAACCCCUUCAGUAUUAUUUUUAAUGGUUACCAUUGAUACCCAUCAUGUGACUUUGCGUAUGUGUAUUGGGAAGAGGAAGAGAGUGGAUAGGUUAGGGAGGGAGGGGCUACAGGUAGAGACAGGAAUAGAGAGACUGAGCAAACAAUGACACACCAACUGUGGAGGUAUUCAUCAGAAUCUCUGGGUGGACUGGAGAAGAGAUUGAAAAAGCACAUAUAAUACACUUAAAAAUAUGUAUAAACCACCUUACUAAUGAUCUCUGUGCUGAAAACAAAGCCGUAGAAGCACUGCUGAGGGGUAUGAAUCGACGAAGGGUGAUUUGAGGUGUCUGGCUGGCUCGCUUGGUAGAGCAUGUGACUCCUGAUCUUGGGGUUUUGAGUUUGAGCCCGACGUGGGGUGUAGAGUUUACUUUUAAAAAGAGGUUAAUUAACUCUGCCCUGUAAUGUUAAUUACAAACUCUUAAUUUGAUCCAGUUCAGAUUUCCUAUUCUAGUCAUUAUGCCCUGAAUCAAAGACGGCAGGCGGGCAGCACAUGGGUCAGAACAGGUCAGGCCUGUUCUCUUUGGCUGGGCAGUGGAGGUCUGUGUGGCAGCACAUUACAACAUGGCGCACAGAUAAAAAUCAGGAGCUUUCACAUAAAAAUCUGCGUCUUCAGUGUCUUUUGAAGAUUGGGAACUGUGGCAACAUCGGGCCCUCGUAAUCCUUGACCACAGUAUUAGGAACAGUCAGUGGCCUUCUUUAGAUGAGGUGGAUGAUCUCACGUUCUCUGCGGUUCCCGCCACGUUUUGUGGUUCCCCGCACUGAGGCUGUGCAUCAGCUGUCACUUACCACUGUGCUUGCGCUGUCAUGUUUAUCUUGUGACAGAGUCACCUGAAAACUAAAUCGAUCUGGUCUGUGUUACAGGCAGGGAAUGGAAAGCUGGAAUGGGUGGAAGAGAACACUUUGUUGUUUGGAAAUGAAACUACUUUAGCAUGUUUAAUGGCAAGUGACAUUUCUAAACAAGCCCCCCGUUUCACUCCUUGAGGGAAUUUGACUGCCUUGGGAGGAGCUUAUUUAUAAGUUUAUUUGGCUCUCCUUUUAAAUUACUUUUGGAGCAUUUUCUUUGUGCUGGCCUUUGUGCUCAGAGUCUCCCACAAUCUGCUCACUUACAUAGUCACAGUGGGAAGUUCGUUGCACGCUCUGUCCCCUUUGUUCAAGGAGAUUGAUUGGAGCAUAAAGAGGUUAUGCUUGUGCAGAGUCAUAGGACCCUUACGUGGCAGAGCCGAGAUGAGAAGCCAGGCAGUCUGGCCUCAGGAUCCGUGCCCUUAACCGUGGCUGUACAGCCGGACUGGAUUGCCCUCUUGCCUCCGAAUUUAUGCGGUGCCCUCUGUGCCCUCUAGCCUUCCUGCCCGCGGCAGCCUCUCAGGGCAGUAAGCUUUCUUUUCCUAGGUUUUUAAAUAGAGCUCAACUUUGACCUUCUUUAUAAUUUAUAAAACUUCUUCUGGGUACAUUAGCCUGAAAUAAUUUCUCCCUUAAACUCCUAAAGAUUGUAUGACCUUGAGAUCUUUCUUCUAUUAAGCUAUUUUUUAAAUCUAAAAAAUGUUUUGUCUUUCUAUUUAAGAUUUUUUCAACUAGAUUAUAAUUUGAUUACAGAAGGAAAAAAAGAUGUUCAGUAGUGUUUAAAGAAUUGAUUAUUCUUAACCCAUGGAGUACCUGUUCUGAAAAAUCUGAGAUUAGUGCCAAAACCGGUUAAGUAUUGCUUGGCCUUUGUCUGAGAUUUAAUUCUAGGCAAGUAAAGUAAUUGACUUAAAAGAGCCAUAAUAGAGAACUACUUAGUCCUCAAGAGAGAAGUUUAUUUGCUAAUAAGAGUUUCAAGAUAACUCAUUGUUCUGAAAUAUCUUGACUGCAUUUAAUACCAUGGCUUUAAUCAUUUUCAGCUAUCAGGGUAAAAAUCAUAUAAAUUCAGGCAAUGACUCCUUGCUUUUACUUCUAAAAAAUUGCCUUCAGUGCAAGCUGUUUUUUAAAUUUUUUAAUGUUUAUUUAUUUUUGAGAG